AGUACAUUUAACGUCCACGUGUGUGUUGUUGCGUACCCCGACACGACGGAGCGGCAUUAAAGCCAUCACACCUCACCAAGUCAGCGGCGACGCGCACACAGCGGUUGAUUAUUAUUAUUAUUGGUGCUGCCCCACCGGACGCAACAUGCCCGUUCGAAGGCCUUUUUUCCCUCUUGUAUUCUUUGUGCAUACGCGCGCCUAACGGAGACGUGACAGGUAAGCAUAUUUAUCUAUGUCGCCAGAGAGCAGAACUGUGAAGAAGAGCAACAGCAGCACACGGAGAACAUCCUUCUCCUGACACACAUGCCGCCCGGGCUUCCAGGCGUUGACGUGAAGUUCCUCGCCAACGUGGUGGGUUGCCUCAGCGAGCGGCGUCUACAUGCGUACUGCCCGGGAACCCGUCGCUCUGCCGCCGCACUCGUCCUGCGCUUCGACGAGGCGACGCAGCACACUUUGCGCGCGGCGGUUUCUUCCUUCCGCGCCGCGUCGCGACGGCAGACCCGCAAGGAGGGCUCGCAUGGGGACUGGUCCGCAUCGUCCUUGGCAUCCACGACAGCUACAAAUAGCGGAGGAAACGCACGUCUUGACCCGGUGGAGUUCCUUCGGUACCUGCAAGACCACCACCGCUACGUCGACCCCGACGCGCCCUCCACCCUGCAACUCCUCUUCCUGAAGCGGGCGGACGUGGAGGCGAGUCGGUGGAGUGGGCGGGUGGCCUUCCCGGGCGGCCGCCGCGACCCCGACGAUGCCGACGACUUCCAGACGGUCUGCCGCGCGACCCACGACGAACUCGGGCUGCCGCUGCAGUACACGGAAGAGUUUCUGUGCCUUGGCCGACUGCCCGACUACGCCCUGUACAGCCGUGUGGUGCGUAGCGCCGGUGUGGUGCAGGCACGCUUUGUGUUCCUCCAUGUAGGGGCGAUGACCCCGACGGUGCACAUCGCCACGCACGAGGUGGCGAGUGUGCGGUGGAUGCCGCUGCAUCGCCUGACAGCAGCUCACAUGGAGCACGGCUGCGUGGUGCACCCGCUCCAGAGUUUUUUGCGCCCACAAGACGCGGAUUAUCGGCUGCUGCUGACGGAGGUGUUUCCGAACACGUAUCUUACCUUCCCGAGUGUCUCGCUGCCUCGCGUGGAGGGGGAAGAGUGCGGCGACGUGCACGCAGAAGACGGCCGCGAUGAUGGUGCGUCGUGGUCUUCGCGGACGUGGCGUGUGUGGGGGCUGACGCUGCGCUCCGCGAAUGAGCUGCUUGCCCUGGACAAGCGGCAGCCCUUCGACUGGCCGCUGGUGGAGUCGAACAGUCGCGUGCUACGGUACUGCGUUUUGCAUCCUUUCCACGGGUACUACGAGCUGCUGUAUCAGCUGUACUACGGCCGAGCGUGGCUGCGCGCUCGGGUCCGACAGUGUCUUCCUCGGAGCUCCGUUCCUGCAACGAUCAACGGCCGCGACGUCAUGGAGAGCGACCGACGUGUGCUGCACGGCGCUGCGAUGGAGCUUCGCUACGCCGUCUUGCCCGUCGCGGCGGAUGCGCUGCUGUUUGCCGCGCCAGACCCGCCGGUGCUCUCGCACGUGCUGUGCGUUUUGGUGGUGGCGGCGGCGGUGACGUUCGCUUUUUACUUGGUGGCGAGUGCCUUGGCCUGCCUCUUCGCCACUGUCGGUCUGGCGUUCGGUGUGGAGGCGGCCCUCGCGCGCGAGGAGCGUAGCCGUGCGUAUUACACCGUGAACGUACCCGGGCAUCGCUCAACGACCGUGGCAGGGAGGUCGGAGUCCGUCAACAACGAAGGUGACGCAACGGGACUAGCGGAGGAAGACGGCAGAGAGGAAGGCGGGAUGGGUGGUGGUACUGAUGCGAAGAUUUGUAAAACAGAGACGCAGCAUGGAUCCAUCCAGAGGAACCUUAGCGCUGAGGACACCGCCUCUCCGUUUUUCAUGCCGUUGUGGCAGCGAGAGAGUGCCUGCCCAGCACAAACGAACGGUAGGACCCCCGAUGAAGUCGCCCUCGCUACCGAGCUUGGCGAAGACGAAGUCCCGCCAAGGACGCCAUGCGAUGCAGCAGCAUCGCCAACGUCAGCCACAACGGCAUCAGCAGUGGACAGCCAUGCGACGAGCUCAGAUGCCGACGGCGGAACAGCGCGGCAGGCAUCCGGAGCAGAUCGCCAGGGUCUUCAUCGUGAUGCAGCGUCAGCAAGUGAAGGUGGCGUCGAGGUGUGA